AUGAAAGCGAGUCAUUGUCGGCGGCGAGCGAGGUUCGUUGGUAUUUGGUUCGCGCGCGACUCUCGGCUUGGAGGGGUUGGGUCAGCGUGUGCCUGCAGCUGCAUGGUGUUAUUGGAGAGGCUCACUUUCAGCGCCCGACUCCUCGGAAUCCUUGUGACGGCUUUCCAUGCCGUAUCCCUCUCGAGUCUGCAUGACGUCCAAUUCCAAUUCACGACAAUUCCUCGAGCAUUUCUUUCGUCUUCAGACGCCUCGCCAAUGUAAGCUUCUUUUUCCGGUCCUCCUGAUUGUUGACACUCGAUCAAAAAAGCAUGGCCAGGGCGUCGCUUGUCUUGUCGUCAACGAUUGGGAAAGGAGAGACAGACGGCUGUCAGUCUGACGGCGGGAUGGCGUGCGUCUUCGAAGGGGCUACAGACUCUGGCUAGCACUUCUCGGGAUACGAAUUGCGACCUUAGAUUGUUGUUGCUCCUCGCUGGCCCAAAGCAGAAUAGUCUUUCUUCACUGAGGGUAGCGGUCACUGCGCUGCCCUGCUACUGUUGCCCCUCUGUUAUUGGCCAAAGCGGCCUUGCAGCACAAUAAGAUUGUGAGAAACGAUUCAUGCUUGCUUAUUGC